CCUCUUAAAAUAAAGUCUAUCCCUCUCCUUCUAGGCCUCUCUCUCUCCAUCAUCAUUGUAGUGAGAUAUUUCAGAGUGAAAAUGGAGAAACCCCAGAAACUGAAACUCUUCUAUUCUCUUGCAUUUCUCUUGGCCUUCCUCCUGCCGCCGACUAAACCAUCUCCUACAUCCACCACAGCCAACACAUGGAUCGGUUCAAAAUACCAGAUCGAAUGCACAAUGUGCUCAGCCUGCGACGACCCUUGCAACCCCCCUGCUCUCUAUUCACCUCCACCUCCACCUCCUCCUCCCUCAAAUCCACCCAUCAAUUAUCCCCCACCACCGUCUCCUCCCACCUCCACCGGCAACAAAUACUACUCUCCUCCUCCGCCGACGGCCAACUAUUACUACUACCCACCACCAAACACCGGCAGCUACUAUUACUACCCACCGCCGCCCUACGUUUACUUUCCACGGCCGCCUCCGCCUAACCCAAUUGUAGGAUACUUCCCCUUCUACUCUCACAACCCUCCUCCACAGUUUACCGCCGCGGCCAGUUUCCAUCCACCCUGUUCUCUAAUCGUCCAGAUCCUUACUCUGUUUCUUGGGUUGAUUUUAUUCUGUUGAGAAGAGGAUCUACAAAUCCAAGGAACUGAAAAAAGUACUCUUUUCUAACUCUCUCUCUCUCUCUCUAUAUAUAUAUUGUUCUUUUGCUCUACCACCACCAAUUCGGCUUUCAUUUUGUAGGGUCGAUCGAAUCCUAUGUAAUUGUAAUUGCUAUUGUUGUUUCUUGAUCCUUUUAUUAAUAAUUUCAAAAUAUUUGAUUAAUUUAGUUUGGCGAUAAGACUUUCAUA